GCUGCUUGGUUUGUGUCUAUGUCAAAAAGUUACACAAGCGUGCGAUGAGGUUGUAGAACAGGACGCACUCGCACGAGCGCACCGAGGUUUCUUCACACCUGUGAGGAAGAAACACCUGAUACCACCAGGGAAGGAGACACGAACAGGCUCGUCCACUCCGUCUCUCAAUAACCGCGAAACUAACACCUUUUUCCACGGUUGAAGGACAGUGUUGUAACUGUGUGUGUGUGUGUGUGUGUGGGUUCAUCUGGAACACACGAUCCGUUGACGUCCCACGUUCAUCUGGAUUCCUAUCAUCGUCUUCACCAGCAGCGUCGUCCCGCUGACAAACACUUGAGACAUGGAUGUGAGGUCAGUGAUUUUGACCACCAGCUGCUCCGUGGGCUUUUUCAGACUAGUCAACGCAGGCGUCAGUCAACUGCCCAUGCCCAAUCCCGCGCGCAGGAAUGCUUGGAAAUGGAGAAAUAUCUCCACAUCAUUCGUGCACAGUUUCAUCACGGCGAUCUGGGGCGUGCUGUGCUUUUUCCUUCAUCCACAGAUGGCUGAAGAUUUGAUAGAGACGCACUCGGUGUUUUCUCAUGCCUUGGUGUCAUUUUCAAUCGGUUACUUCAUCUACGACUUCUUGGACAUGGUGCUGUACCAGAAGCUGACCCAGUCCUGGGAACUUCUCUUUCAUCACAUUGUGGUGAUCACCUGUUUCGGCCUCUCUGUGCUGUCGGGCCACUAUAUUGGUUUUGCCGUGGUGGCGCUGCUGGUGGAGUUGAAUUCCGUUUUCCUCCACAUUCGGCAGCUGCUGCGCAUGGCCGGCAUUUCUGCAGGUACGCUGUACCGGGUCAACAGCAUGAUUAACCUGGGCACGUACGUGGUGUUCCGCAUCAACACGCUGGCUUGGAUGACCCGCUGGCUCGUGCUCAACAGGGACAAGGUGCCGCUCCUUGCCUACACGCUGGGCAGUGUGGGUAUGGCCAUCAUGACCGUCAUGAAUAUUGUCCUCUUUUAUCGGCUGCUCAAAAGCGACUUUUUGAAGGGCAGCGCCCGGGAAACAAAGAAGGAGAAGGAGAAGGAGAUGUAGAGAGGACGGGGAGGAGGUGAGACGAGAAGGAUGGGAUUCACAAACACACUCAUUGCUGUUCGUUUUAAAACACUCUGUAGUUGAGACUUGGUACUAUUUUGUCUGUGUAGCACACAUGAAGCUGGGAUCUUAUCACGUCUCAGACUGUAUAAGUCCAUCCACUCCGUUGUAAUCAGUGGGUCUCAUCACAACCACAUUAGCUCAUCUGUUGAAGUCUUGACAGGCUUCUGUGCUGGUGCACUCGUGCUCACCUUAACUGCUAAUGGUGAAUGGAUGAUUUCUUUUUUUUUUUCUUCACAUAAAUAAUUCAAGGUCUUGUAAAACAAACGCCAAACACCUUAUUGUCACACGACUAGAGCUCGUCUUAAAUGUCGCUCAUGGCGAAAUAUGAAAUAUUCACUGUUUGUAAAACAAACCCAUCGACAUGCACGCAUGUAUCCCAGUUAUAGACAUAUUGUGUAUAAUUGUACAUACAUAAACACAAAAAACACAAAAUCUCACGCAAAGCUUAUUUAUGAUUUAGUUCAAAUAAAAUAAAAAUAAAAAGGUGUAUAACACUUGCAGAGGUGGAAAUUUCUGUUUUGAUUCCCUAACAAAUACCCUCAACCAAAAACCACCUGCUACCUCAGAAAGCUUAGCAGCAUCUUUUUACAUCAUUCUACAAGAGGUUUCACUGAUUUUUAAUAGAGGAGAAAUAUGUCAACAACACAAAGUUUGUCAACGGAAAGUAAGAAAUUACCUUUCUUAAAACAAAAUGGAUUUUAUUUGAUGACACGAUGCACAGCAGUUUGACAGUAACUGCUAUUUUAUACUCUCUAAAUCUAAAAAAAAAAAACUAUAAUGAAAUUUAAAAAAAAAAAUCUGCUCUGAGUCGAGUGUUUAUCGCUUGACACAUGAAUCAAUGCACUGACAAAAAGGAGAAAUGGUGACCUCACAGCGGUAAUCAUUCAUGUCCCAUGACGGUGGACAGUCUGCAGUGGGGAGCUCUCAGAUGGGCAGAUGUUGUUGUUCCUCUUUUGGCCUGUGGGCGGCAGCAAACUCCUCCCCAAUCACCUCACUACCACAGAUGUCUUCAUUCUGUAAUAUCAAUAUGGAUGUGUGCCUUCUUCACACAGACAGAUGCAGGGAGACGCUCACGUCUCUAGGCUCGUGUUGGAACAAGCAGGUCUGAGAUCUGUGACGUCGGCACGCUGUCUCUCGCUCUCUCUCGCUCUCACACACACACACACACACACAGCUGUCUAAACUCUAACAAAAACCCACACUAAAACAUCUCAGUCCUCAUGUGGCUCGGAAACAUAUACGCGUCAUUCAUGUGUCGUGUGGUCGCUUUUUGUGUUUGCUCAUUAUCUGCAGGGUUAUACUGUGUGUAUUUUCUUUGUAAUUUAUUGUAAGUUGGGUUAACGAUUUUUUAUUUUU